AUGUACAUCCUCGACUUGGGAACCUUGGAACUUGACGAGUCAUGGGUUCUUCGUGGAGGCAACACCAGCUCGCUGAGUAAUAAAAACCCGGAGAACAACCGGCGUGAACUUAUAGUUCUCUCUGCGCUCAUUGACUAUCCCGGAGUUGGACUCAUUCUGUAUGAAACAGGUUGCGCCGAAGAUCUUGAAGUGAAUUGGGGUGCCCCUCUGACCGAUAUCUUUCCCCGCACUGGAUACGCGGAGGCCCAGAAGUUACCCGCGGCUAUUAAGGCGACAGGGAAUGACAUCAAGGACGUGAAAGCAGUGAUUAUGGGACAUUUGCACCUAGACCACGCUGGCGGUCUCGAGCACUUUAUGGACACUGACGUCCCUAUCUAUGUGCACGAAGAAGAAUUCAAGCAUGCCUGCUGGUCUGUCGCUACAGGUGCUGACCUUGGAGUAUACCUCGGCCAUUAUAUGCUUCUUGAGAAACUAAACUGGACAACAUUCCCUGAUUCGACCCUAGAGAUCUUUCAGGGACUGACACUCCACCACGCCCCUGGACAUAGUCCCGGCUUGUGUAUGCUUCAGAUUAACCUUGAGAAGGAUGGUACUUUUAUUUGGACCACCGAUCAGUUCCAUAUUGUCGAGAACUAUGAGCUCGGACAUCCGCAAGGUGGUUUCGCUCGCGAUCAUGCUGCUUGGUAUCGGAGUCUGCAUUUGGUCCGCAGACUUCAAAGAUUGUUCAACGCGAAGCUCAUAUUUGGACAUGACAAGGGUGUGGCGACGAAGUAUAUGAAGGAAAAGAGCUUCUGGGAGUGA